UAAACCAAUGUCAUCAUCGAAUGUCCCCCUCCAAACCCAACAACUUUUGUAGAGAAUAUUUUUUUAUCUGACCAUUUCUUCCGAAGUUAACAGAAGUGGUCAAUUAAAAUGGGACAGUCUGUAUAUAUAAAAAGCAUCUCUGGAAUCAGCUCGACAAGACGCUGCCAAUUAUCAAACAACAGAAAAACGAAAAAGGCAACAUUUUCCAUGCAAUCGUUAUAGCAGUGAGAAAGAGGAAGAUGAAACAAGUUCCCAAGUUCGUAAUAAGAUUAAAAAAGAAGAAAAUAAUUUUUUGGAAAUAAAUGAAAAUUUAGAGAUUGAUAACAUGCCGGUAACAUUUAAAGGAUGUAAUAUAAUUGACCCAACCUCAACUCAGAACAAAGAAGAUUUGGAUAUAAAACAAAGUAUAAAAAAAAUUUUGCACAUGCAGACUGCAGCGAAUAUUAUGUUGAAAGAUGUAAAUCAACGUUUAACCAAAAUAGAAACUGCUCUCAAGAAUCAUUCUCAAAAAUCUUUUAAUGUCGUUGAAAAUACUCUUAUUGCAAAAUUUUUACCUCUUACUACAAUAGAGAAUAUAAAGGAAUUCGAUGUAUUACUAAAAACUACGGAUGAGGCAGUGACGCAAUUUAAAGAAUUUAUUUCGAAAAUAGGAGGAAAUAAUUCCAGAGAUAAUAUCCAUCGAACUCUCAGAAAAAUAUUUACAAAUGAAUGUGCUAUGAACUGUUCGUGGAAAGGAUUGCGAAAUAAUUUUCGAAUCGUGGACUUGUACAUCACGAAACUUAUAAAAAGAGAAAUAAUCUCGUGCUACAUAAACUUGACGGAAUCAGAGUUUGACAAUGUAGCUGCAGAAUGGCUACGCUUUUCCAAACAAAGGAAACAAAGGGAUGACAAUGCCACAAGAAAUGAGAAAAAUAAUCGCAUUAAUUGAAUACAUUUACUCGAUUUUUACUAUACCUAAACUUUGUAGGCAGUAAAGAAAUUGCUCUUUUGACAACACAUAACUAACUUAUGUUAAUUGUAACAAAUAAGAAAUCUUUUUUUUCUUA